UGUUAGCUCGACCAAUGAGAAGCUGUUGAGCAGUGGCAACCGUAGGGGAUACGAGCAACGGACAGAUACGGGAGAACAGUGGCCGCUAGUAGGACCGUUUUAUCCCCAAUGAUUUAAUCACAUGAGAGGGUAAAGAAGCGUUUUUUAUCACCAUGAAAUUGGAUUUUCUGAGGAGGUAGCUGAUAUCGAGGCUCCUUGCAGGCUGCUGACAGAGAGAAAUGCAGAGACGAGACCUUGAAGAUCAACAUGUGCUUUGCACUGCUCACUAACAAAAAGAAGCUCUUGUAGCUGGAGGAAGAUUGCCUGCCCUAACUUUUCCUCCUCCUCCUCUACUUCUUCCUGGGGCCAAUGACUGGACCCAACUCCCCAAACCGGACUGGCACCUCUACAGCCAAGCUGAGCAGGCAUGGCCGGUCCAAGAGCACCAGCUCGCACUGUCUCCUCCGCUGCAGCACCCAGGAGUCCUCCUCUUUGUCUCCCCCAAAGAACAGCUCGAGAUCCCCCGAGGAGGAAGAGGAGAAGGAUGGAGGGGUUCUUUUCUACGUUAAUCGAUCUGGUUUUCCUAUCGAGAGUGUCACCUGGGAGAGGAUGUGGUCCCAUGUGGCGGCUGUGCACCCUGACGGACAGGAGAUGGUGGACAGGAUACGAAAUGCUGCAUACCUUCCCAAGCAUCCAAUUCCCUCAAUUCCAACUUUCAAGCCAUCCAUGUCUGUCCCAGACUGGCUGUUGGCCGUCCAAAACUUCAUGAAGGCUCUGCAAUAUAACCACACAGGAACUCAGUUCUUUGAAAUCAAGAAGAGCCGUCCACUGUGUGGAUUAAUGGAGACAGCAAGAGAGAUGAUCAGGGAGUCUUUACCAAUCAAAUGCCUCGAGGCCGUCAUCUUGGGAAUCUACCUGACCAAUGGGCUGACGUCUCUCGAGCGUUUCCCCAUCAGCUUUAAGACCCAGUUUUCGGGUCACUGCUUUCACCAUGUUGUGCUGGGCGUCUAUUGCAAUGGCCGGUAUGGGUCGCUAGGUAUGAGCCGCCGCCAGGACCUGAUGGACAAACCACUCACCCAUCGGACUCUCGGAGAACUGGUGGCUGAAUUUGAAAACUCCUACAAGAGAUACCAGCACACACUAAAGAAGGUGAAGAUUGGUUUGUACGUUCCUCACGACCCACAUGUCUUCCAGCCAAUUGAAUGGAAGCAUUUGGUGCUGAACCUGGCCUGUUUGGGAGCUCAGGAGAUGAAAAAAGAGCUAGAGAAACAUGGGCGGGACAUGAGGAUGAAGAUCCUAAAAUCAUCCAGUGCCCAGUCACCGAUCAAAGAGCGAAGCCGAGGGAAGUCCUUAUCGCCACGGCGUCGACAGAGCAGCCCCCAGCGACGCUCCAUGCACCACAGAGACAAAUCGCUGGCCUCAGUGGAGAGGAAACCUCCAGAACUCAGCAUGCUCAAUGACGGCUACCAGAUCCGCAUCUGAUCCCCUCCUUCACCUAUGAGACUCCCUCAGCUUCUCCAUAUCCGUCCAGGCUCCUCAGCCACCCUGAUCCAAGAGUCUCUACCCAACCCAGCAAGAGAGUCGCCAAAACCCGAGCCACAUUUUUUACACAGACGAGGUGGAUGGUGUUAUUUAAAACAAGAGAAUGGUUUAAAUGGAAGACCGUGAUAGUGGUUGGCCUGGUCCUGAUAUUUCAUACAGUGUUUACUCAUUUCUGUAGCAAUAAAUCCCUUAAAAUAG